AUGGAACCAUUAGGAAUCGCGUUCUCCAGUGAAGUCAACAAAGCUGUUGCAGCGUCGGUGCAGAGUCAACAAGCUUUGUUAGUGUAUUGUUCUGGUGGCGAUGAUUCGUGGUUAAAUUCGUGGUUUACCAAAGAUUUGGGAUUAAAGGUUAAGGAUCGGUGUGUUGCUUUGAAAUUGAGCCAAAAUUCGCAAGAAUUUAGUUACUUCAAAGCUAUUAUCCCGAAUAUCGCUGCUCCUAGCGUUUGUUGCAUCAGAAAUGGUCAAGUACAAGUUGUUUUGGAUGAGAAAAGUGAUGCUUCGAAGUGUUCGCAGGAACUAACGGAUUAUUUGAUGCCUCAGGAAUCGAAUGUCACGUCUGCUGUGGGAACACGCAAGAUUUCGAAAGAUGUUGAGUCCUAUCAGAAGGAUUUGAUGGAACAAAGACGUAAGGAAAGGGAAGAAAGAAACAGGAUUCGGAAACUUGUAGAAGCCGAUAGGAAAGAACUCAAAUCACGCGAACGCUGUUUGAAAGCCGAAGCUUCGGGACAUAAGGAACCAAAGGAUAAUUACAUCAAGAAUUUAGGUUCCAAAGCUAACAAGUGUGCACUUUUGUUUCGGUUGUUCGAUGGUAACUCAAUCAGUCACGAGUUUCCUUCAAAUUUGACUUUGAAAGAAGUACGGCAGUGGGUAGCUCUUAAUCGUACCGACGGGAACACACCUUACGUUUUCCAUCGUGCUAUUCCAAGGUCUACAUUCCAAAAAAGUCAAGAAUCCCAGAAUUUAAGUGAUCUGAACUUAACGCCGAGAUCCGCACUCAUUCUCAAACCUCUAGAUACAGAGGAUUUGAAUCCACGCAUAAUGAAUGCCCAGGAUCCUGGAUUGUUGGGCAGAAUGUACAAUUCGGUUUCCAAUUGGUGGGCUACUCCGGCAAAGGAAACGCAGCCCGCGUCUGAGGGUAAUGCGAAGGCCUCACAAUCCGAAGACGCAACGUCAGAACCUUCUUCUAAGUACGUUUCUCCAGCGACUUCACCGUUCUUGAGUCAUCGUCUGGGUAGAAAUCCAUCAGAAUUGAGCCUACCUUCAAGACCAGUGUCACCUAACGUUUACAAAUUUGUGAAUUCGGGCGACAAAGCUGAGGAAGAUCGAGAUGAAACGUUCAAUGGUAAUAACGUUAGUUUAGAAGAUAAGAAAAAGGAUUAA